AUGGACCAGCAAUUCUGUUUACGCUGGAACAACCAUCCAACCAAUCUGACUGAUGUGCUUGCAAGCCUGCUCCAGCGUGAAGCGCUCUGUGAUGUCACACUUGCCUGCGAUGGGGAGACAGUUAAGGCACACCAGACCAUUCUUUCAGCAUGUUCUCCAUAUUUUGAAAGCAUAUUUUUGCAAAACUCCCAUCCACAUCCCAUAAUAUUUUUAAAAGAUGUGCGGUUAUCAGAGAUGAAGUCGCUCUUGGAUUUUAUGUACAAGGGUGAGGUAAAUGUUGGCCAAAAUAUGCUACCUAUGUUCCUAAAGACUGCUGAAAGCUUACAAGUAAGAGGUUUGACAGAAAACAAUACAUUAAAUCCCAAGACGGAGGGGCGGUCGACGCCGUCGGCUAGUGCGGAGAAUCUGUCGCGCGCGGAGUUCGCGACGCCGCCCGCGGCGCAUGGCGCUAACACGCCGCUGGCCGCGCCGCCGGUGCCCGCUGUGCCCGAGAAGCGGCGCAGGAAGAACUCGACGCUGCCGCGCGAGGACGUCGACCUCACUUACCGCCAUUACGAGUCGCACGCGAAAGGUGUCAAGGGCGGCUCCACGGGCUCCGGCUCGGAGCCGUCGACGCCGCCGCCGGCGCACACGCCGCAGCGGCUGACGCCGCGCUCGCCGCACGCGCCGCACCCGCCCCACGCGCCGCUCGCCACGCACGCGGCACACGUGAAGCAGGAGCCGGACUCGCCGUACCCCGCGCCGCACGCCGCCCCCCUCCACCCGCCCCCGCAGUUCGAACAGACCCACCUGCCGGGAAUGGGAGUUAACGAAAUGGCAUCUAUGUUAACCCAACAUCCCCUCAGCAAUGAGUGUAGUGAGAACGAAACCAUGCUGCAACCUCAUCCAGAUCAAACAGACACCAUCGAUGGUGAAAACUUUGGCGUUGACGAAAACAGUAAGCCUCUGGAACAGUUCAGCCACAAAUUAUCAAAUAUAGAGAAUAUAGUGAAAUCCUACAAAAUUGCAUUCAAUCAAAAACCUUACGGUGUUCCUAUGUCAUGCAACAUAUGUGGUAAAAAUGGCGGGCGACGUAAAUCAUUCAUAAUCGUAUCGCGACCGUCGGACGGCGGUGGGCUGUGGGCUGUGGGCUGUGGUGGGAGUGACCGCUCGCUGGUUGCAGGCUCGAAGGGCUGGCACAUGCGGCUCACGUUCGAGCGGGUCGCCGGCGCGCUCAACCUGCACCGCUGCAAGCUAUGCGGGAAGGUGGUGACGCACAUACGCAACCACUACCACGUGCACUUCCCGGGGCGGUUCGAGUGCCCGCUCUGCCGCGCGACCUACACCCGCUCGGACAACCUGCGCACGCACUGCAAGUUCAAGCACCCCGCGUACAACCCGGACACGCGCAAGUUCGAGCCGGCGGCGGCGCCCGCGCCCACGCACGCGCCCCACGCCACGCACGCGCCGCUCUUCGCCAACCACCUGGACGCGAGCUUCGAC